AUGAUAGUGAUCCUCCUCGGGCUGUUCUGUGCAGUUCAGGGCCAGCAAUUGGCCCUCAAGGAGCUGCACACUCUCCACCAGUGGACAAACCUCAGUUUGGGCGACGAUCUGUUGAACGGAAAUCGCUUUCUGCCAGUGGAUGUGGACAUUGAGUACGGCGAUGAGGGCAGACAUCGCACCUUCCUCACAAUUCCGCGGCUUGGCAUCGCCACACCCUUUACACUGGCCACCGUGGUUGCGAGGGACAACGCGGUGGUGGAGAAUCCCAGGCUGGAGGCCUAUCCCAGUGCGGAGUGGCAUGUGCCACCCAACAACUGCUCGGGCAUCACCUCCGCCAUCAGGACAUUUAUCGACGGUUGCUGGAGACUCUGGGUGGUGGACUCGGGACAGGUGAACUCCCUGCAGCUUUGUCCGCCGCAGAUCAUGACCUUUGACCUGGUCAAGGACAAGCUAAUACAGCGGCACUCACUGCCCCCCGAAUCCUACACCCCCAGUGUGUCCAUCUUCACCGCCUUGGUGGUGGAUCUGGCGGAUAGUGGAACUCCGACCAGGUGUGUGGGUGGCAGGGCCUAUAUAGCCGACGCCUGGGGCUAUGGCCUGAUCGUCUUCGACUCCCUGUCGGGUCGAUCCUGGCGCAUAGAGCACGAGUCCAUGAAGCCUUCCUCGCCCUUGGUGGGUUUGGCCCGCUCCAGCAACUCGCAAGCAGGGAUAUUCACAGUGAGCUUGAGUCCAAGCGAAGUGGAAGAGCGCUUUUUGUACUUCCACACGCUGAAUGCCUUUGAUGAGGUGAGGGUUCCCCUCUCCCUGAUCAACAAUGAAACCUUUUGGGAAUCCCCGAGCGCCACCGAAACAGGAAAACACUUUCGCAUCCUGGGCACCCGGGGAAUCCAAUGCGAAUCGGAGGUGAUGGAUCAGUCCGGGAACCUCUUCUGCAGCCUCAUCAGUUUGGGUGCCCUAGUAAAAUGGGAGGAGAGUGGGAGUGGCUCCAAUUACACGGCGGACAACCUGAAGGUGGUGGCCUACAAUCCGCAUAAGAUCAAAUUCGUCACGGGCCUCAAGAUCAACCGAAAUUCGAAGGGAGAGGAGGAGCUCUGGGCCCUGAGCAGUCAGCCGAAACUCUUUGUGGGCGGAACCUUGCCCGACAACGAGGUCAAGUUCCAAAUAAUUGGCUGCCGAACGGCUGACCUACUUGCCAAUACGCCGUGCACAGUGGGCGCUACGGAAAGCAUGCCCACAAACGUUUAA